CAGAGUCUUAGUACUACCCCAACCUUAGACCCGAAGAGAUGGCAGCUGAGAAAUCGCUUUUUCCAGAGCGUAACAGCCAUCAUCUUUCAUCCACAUUUUCUGGUCCAGUGCUAUUCCUGUUCCUGGGCAUUGGCAUUGGCUAUCUGAUAACUCAAGUGCUACUCUGGCCAAUGAUUCCCUUUAGUUACCGACCGAAUCGGACGCUAAACAUCACGAGUAAAAUCGAUGUAGAUCUGUAUGAGGAGGUGCGAGUCUUGUGUUUCGUAUAUACGAAGUCAAGCCAACACCAUUUGCAAGCCACGGGAGUGUUUCGGACCUGGGGAAAGAGGUGCAAUAAGCUGGUGUUCAUGAGCGACAAGGAAGAUACCGAAAUAGGAGCUGUCAGUCUGCCUGGCAAUGGCAACCGCAUAGAGACGUGGAGGAAAACGAAACAGGCCCUGAAGUAUAUCUACGAUUUUCAUUUGGACGAGGCCGAUUGGUUUCUGGAGGCAGAUGCCGAGACCUAUGUGGUAAUGGAGAACCUGCGCCACAUGCUGUAUCCGUAUAGCUCGGCGAUGCCCAUAUAUUUCGGGUCCCCAGGCAUUGUGAUGAGUCAGGCCGCUCUGCGUCGCUUUGUAGAACUGUCCCUGCCCAAUCCAAAGCUGUGCGAGCCCACGGACACGGGAGCCACAAUGGGCAAGCUAAAGGAGUGCCUGGAGAAGGUCGAAGUCGUGGCGGGGAACUCAAGGGACUUCAAGGGACGACGACGGAUGUACCUAAUAGAUCCGCAGGCUAGAUCGAAUUCCUACUUACGCUACGAUCCCAAUUACUGGUACUGGCAGUAUAUCUCCUACAGGGGACAAGACGGAACUUUCGCUUGGUCCAACUAUGCCGUUUCUUUUCACUAUGUUCAGGCCCGGAAUAUGUUUUAUUUCGACUAUAUGAUCUAUAGACUGAGGCCAUUCGGUCGGGAACUUAUCAACGAAUCCUUGCCUGACAAAAAUAGGUCCAGCCGAGAAGCAUAAAGAUUACAAAUUACGGCCGGGAGACGUUUCAAAAAAGGAGACGCCUGCUGAUUAUGCGUAUUGAUUGAAUGACUUUUACUGUUUGAUCUUCUCUUCCCGUAACUGAUCACGUCUUCACUUUAUGAAUCGUAUUAAAAACUUAUU